UGUUCAUGCAGAAAGUGGGACAUGCUUGGCAUUCCAUGUUGUCAUGCCAUUGCGUGUAUCUUUUUCCAAAACAAGGAGGCCGAGGAGUAUGUUGAUAAAUGCUACUGGAGGCAAGAAUACUUAAAUGCAUAUUCAGGUUCAAUUCCACCCAUUGAUGGAGAGAGGUAUUGGCCAAGGAUUGAAUACCACUUGGAUCCUCCUCCCAUCAAAAUAGGGCCAGGCAGACCGAGGAGAAAUAGGAUCAAGGAUCCCUUUGAGAACCCGAAAAAGCCUGGUCACCUAUCGAGGACCGGGAUAGAAAUGACUUGUAGUGUGUGUCAAGUCAAAGGGCAUAAUAAAAGACGAUGUCCUAACAGAGAGAGUGCUGUUGUUGCAGAACCAGCCCCAAAAAAACCUAGGGGUAGACCAAGGAAGGAUGGUCAGCCCCCUCACUCUCGUGCUCCGUCUGUUACUGCCCCAUCUACCAUAAGUCAAACGACUGAUUCAAGAACAAACACACCCACCUCUGCAGUUGUAUCUUCUCGAUUCACUCGAUCAACAAAUGCUCAGCUUCACUCUACUUCAUGCCAACCUAGCCAACUUGGCAGAGGCGGGAGGAUGAUCCUAGGUGGUAGGGGUUCUAGGGGUGGAAAUACUGGAAGGGGAAGGGGAAACAAUGGAGGGAGGGGUAAAGAGAAAGUACCUAUUGGUGUGGGAAUGUAUGUUGCCUCGGAUGGGACUGCAACAACAAGUGGAGGCAGAGGGAGAGGGAGAGGGAGGGGUAAAAAUCAGGUUGCAACAUUUGUCGGAACACAGUCGAGCCAAGUUUCCAAUGCUCAUCAACCAACUCAGUAGGACAAGUGAAGAUGAAUGAACCUACUGCCAGUAACUUGACCAUUUUGUGCUGGAAAUCAGAAGCUUACAGUAGCAAUAGCAAUUAGCUAACAGUAGCAGUGGCAGUCAGCUUAGCCUAAUUAACUUUCAACUGUUUGGCCUUUUUUGUGUAGUUUAGAAUUUAGGCAAGAAUUGGUAGAUUUUGCACAAUACAACAACAAUUAGUUAGCCAAGCAUUUGGCCUUCUUAUUUUGUGUAGUUCACAUAUGCUUUGGAAGUUAAUGCGUGAAUGAACGUGCUUUUGAAAACUAAUACUUGUUAAGUUAUGUUGUUGUAACAAUUUACGCCUUCUUCAAU